UGUCAUUUUCUUUUUUGUGUGUUGUUUUUGUGUCGGAGAAAAACUUGUCAAGAUAUGGAGCGUUGGCAAGGAAAGGUAGCAGUAGUUACUGGAGCAAGUGCAGGAAUUGGAAAAGCCGUUGCUCUUAGUUUUGUUCAAAAUGGUCUUAAAGUGGCUGCACUCGCCCGUAGAAGAGAGAGACUGGAUCAACUUGUCAAUGAGACACAAGGUUUGCGAGGAGAACUAUUUCCUCUCCCGGUGGAUAUUCGAGAUGAAGCUAGUCUUCUGCAAGCCUUUGAAAAAAUAAAAAAGAAGUGGAAUACUAUUCAUAUAUUAGUGAAUAACGCUGGAAUAGGAAGAGACGCACCUUUGAUAAGUGGACCUUCUUCUGAUUGGAGAGAAAUGUUCGACACGAAUGUAUUGGCUCUCAUGGUGGCAACAAAGGAAGCAAUGCAACAACUCAAGCAAACUCAAUCGGAAGGCCAUAUUUUCCAUAUAGGCUCCAUGUCUGGACAUCGCGUUCCUCCAGGAAAUAUGGGUUGUUAUGCUGCAACGAAAUAUGCAGUGAAAGCUUUGGCAAUGGGACUACGAAACGAAAUAAAGACACAAAACCUUCCUGUUCGAGUGACUUUAAUUAGUCCAGGUUUCGUGGAGACAGAAUUCGAAGUGGCAAGAGCCGGUGAAGAAGCUGCCAAAGAGUUUUAUGCAAAGACAACUUGUUUGACCAGUCAAGAUGUGGCUAAUGCUGUACUUUACGCAUUAGCAGCGCCUAGUCAUGUCGAUGUAAAUGAUAUUUGGAUGAGACCGACACCACAAAAGUUUUGAAAUGUUUUUGGUUGUGUUAUUGUUGAAUGAGUAAAGAGAGUCAAAGUAGUGUUGUAGAAAACUCAAAGCCUUGGCUAUUGAGUGCAGCGGCUACUGCAGGGGUAGUUUCCCGUUCUAUAGUUCAUCC